GUGAACGAAUGGUCCCUGAAGAUAAGGAAGGAAAUGAGAGUCAUUGACAGACAGAUCAGAGAUAUUCAGAGAGAAGAGGAAAAGGUGAAACGGUCGAUAAAGGAUGCUGCCAAAAAGGGGCAGAAGGAUGUGUGUGUGAUCCUGGCCAAGGAACUGAUCCGCUCUAGGAAGGCUGUAAGCAAACUCUAUGCCUCCAAAGCUCACAUGAACUCUGUUCUCAUGGGGAUGAAGAACCAGCUUGCUGUCCUCAGAGUAGCAGGUUCGUUGCAGAAGAGCACAGAAGUCAUGAAAGCUAUGCAGAGUUUAGUGAAAAUCCCUGAAAUCCAGGCGACCAUGAGAGAAUUGUCCAAAGAGAUGAUGAAGGCUGGUAUCAUAGAGGAGAUGCUAGAGGACACUUUUGAAAGCAUGGAGGAUGAGGAUGAAAUGGAGGAGGAAGCAGAGAUGGAAAUUGACAAAAUUCUGUUUGAAAUUACAGCUGGAGCCUUGGGUAAAGCACCUAGUAAAGUCACAGAUGCUCUUCCAGAGCCAGAACCCAUGGGGGCAGCUGCUGCUGUUGACGAGGAGGAAGACAUUGAAGCAAUGCAGUCACGAUUGGCUACCCUGCGUAGCUAAGGAGGAAAUGUACAGUUUGCCUUUUUUCUGCUAUGGGAUGUUCUGUCUUCAAAAUGCAAAACUUAAUAUGUGCAAA